UGAAACUCACAGAGAACCACCUGCCUCUGCUUCCCAAGUGCUGAGAUCAAAGGUGUGUGCCACCGUGCCUGGCCUGAAAUAUCUUCAGCUUAAGUUUUCUGCUUUGGUGCUAUCAUUUAUUUUAAUAUUUGUUUGCCCAUUAUUUGAGCUUGAUUUGUAUUGGUAAUUGACUCAUUAAAUAUUGCAAAUGUUUCAGGCUAUGAAGGUUGUUGUAAAGAUUGAGGGCACACUGUGAAUAUGACAUUGGUGAUACAGUGUAUGCCUAGAAUGUCCUGUACACAUUAGCUAUUUUACCCCACACCUAGAAUCUCUUCGCUAAACCCAUUUGCACAAGGGGAAGAUUAUCUCCUGAGCAGCCAACACCUUUCUUACAGUGGAAUUGGAAAAUUAUCCCAGAAUCCAGAGGGUGAACUCAUGUGAGGAAAUUGGUUUCUGCAUAGGUUGUAUCUAGAGCUGGACCUCCAGGCUCCAUUGUCCCUCCGCUUGUCACAUCCAUCCCUGGAGGAACGAAUGUGACCCUCAUACAAUACAAAGUACGGAAAAUGAUGUAGGGAGAUAAACAAUGCAACAACUAAAAAGAGGUAGAAAACAAUCCUUUCCCCAAAAUCACUAUAUUAUUCUAUAAUAAAUUAACUUAGUUUGACACAUAGGAAGUUUUGGAUAAUUCCUGUAUUUUUGUUGCAAAUUAAACAACUUGAUUUUGACCUUUAUGCUCCUUUAGAAAAGGAGGAUUAGGAAAGGAAAAAGUAUGUGAUGUUUUUAUCAAGAAUUAGUUGCAAUAACAGUUUAGUACUCUGGGUGUCGCUGUUCACCACUCAGGGGUGAAAAUCAGGUAUUUUAAAUAAGAGCAAGGUUUCCGGAGCACAAAGGACUGGCUUUGGUCUUAAGAAAAGCAUCAAUCUGGACUCCCCGGAGCGCCAGCGUCCAAAGGUACAAGUACAUUAUCUUGAAACCCAAAGAUUGUGGGGCUCCUCAGGCCUGCACAGACAGGCUCAACGCCCAAGCUCAGGACUCUGUGCGGCCGGCCGGACUGCAAUGGCGGCUCCUUACGGAGCAGACCGCAGGGGACUAGUCUGGAUCUGCAUUUUCCUUGGAUCCCUGUGCGACAUCCGCGCGGAACAGAUCCGGUACUCUGUGCCAGAGGAGCUGGAAAGGGGCUCUGUGGUGGGCAACCUAGCCAAGGACCGGCUGGAGCCCGGGAAGCUGACAGAACGCGGAGUCCGCAUCGUCUCCAGAGGUAAGACCCAGCUCUUUGCUCUGAACCCGCGAAGCGGCAGCUUGGUGACAGCAGAGAGGAUCGACAGGGAAGGGCUCUGUGACAGAUCCCCAAAGUGUACCGCAAAUCUGGAGAUUCUCCUAGAGGAUAAAGUGAGGAUUCUUGCUGUAGAGGUGGAAAUUAUCGAUGUUAAUGAUAAUGCCCCCAGCUUUGGAGCGCAGCAGAGGGAAAUAAAAGUCGCUGAAAAUGAAAUUCUUGGGACAAGAUUUCCUCUUCCUGAAGCUUUUGAUCCGGAUAUAGGGGUGAACGCCUUGCAGGGUUACCAGCUCAGCUCUAAUGGUCACUUCUCCCUGGACGUGCAAAGUGGGGCGGAUGGGAUUAAGUACCCGGAGCUGGUGCUGGAGAACGCCUUAGAUCGCGAGGAAGAAGCAGUUCAUCACCUGGUUCUAACCGCCUUCGAUGGAGGCGACCCGGUUCGCUCUGGUACUGCCACAAUUCAGAUAACCCUGGUGGACACCAAUGACAAUGUUCCUGUGUUCACUCAGCCAGAGUACCACGUUAGUGUGAAGGAGAAUUUGCCCGUAGGCACCCGGCUACUCACCAUAAAAGCUACUGACCCAGAUGAAGGAGCUAAUGGAGAAGUGACGUAUUCCUUCCGGAACGUAAGAGACAAAAUAUCCCAGCUCUUCCAGUUGAAUUCUCUGAGUGGGGACAUAACAAUGUUGGGGGAGCUGGAUUAUGAGGACUCGGGAUUCUAUGACGUUGACGUAGAAGCCCACGACGGGCCUGGUCUCCGAGCCAGAAGUAAGGUACUGGUGACAGUUCUGGAUGUAAAUGACAACGCUCCAGAAGUCACCGUUACCUCUCUCACCAGCUCUGUCCAAGAAGCUUCCUCCCCAGGCACAGUGAUUGCACUUUUCAAUGUGCAUGACAGUGACUCCGGAGAGAAUGGCCUUGUCACUUGUUAUAUUCCAGAUAAUCUUCCAUUCAGGCUUGAAAAAACCUAUGGAAAUUAUUAUCGGCUGUUGAUACACAGACCUCUGGACAGGGAAGAAGUCUCCGAAUAUAACAUCACCAUAACCGCCACCGACCAGGGAACCCCACCGCUGUCUACAGAGACUUAUAUCUCACUGCAAGUGGUGGACAUCAAUGACAACCCACCCACCUUCACCCAGGCCUCCUAUGCUGCCUACAUUCCAGAAAACAACCCUAGAGGAGCCUCCAUCUUAUCCAUAACAGCCCAGGACCCAGACAGUGGUGAGAAUGCCCAGGUAAUCUACUCUCUGUCCGAGGACACUGUCCAGGGGGCACCUCUGUCCUCCUACGUCUCCAUCAACUCUAACACUGGUGUCCUCUAUGCACUGCGUUCCUUUGAUUAUGAGCAGUUUCAAGACCUGAAGCUACUCGUGAGCGCCAGGGACAGUGGGAACCCUCCACUCAGCAGCAACGUGUCCCUGAGCUUGUUUGUGUUGGACCAGAACGACAACACCCCUGAGAUCCUGUACCCCACCCUCCCCACUGAUGGUUCUACUGGUGUGGAGCUGACGCCUCGUUCUGCAGAGCCUGGAUAUCUGGUGACAAAGGUGGUGGCGGUGGACAGAGACUCAGGACAGAAUGCCUGGCUGUCCUACCGCCUGCUCAAGGCCAGCGAGCCAGGGCUCUUCUCGGUGGGGCUGCACACUGGUGAGGUGCGUACUGCACGGGCCCUGCUGGACAGGGAUGCCCUCAAACAGAGUCUGGUGGUGUCUGUGCAGGACCACGGCCAUCCCCCUCUCUCCGCCACGGUCACGCUCACCAUAGCUGUGGCAGAUAACAUUCCAGACAUUCUGGCAGAUCUGGGCAGCAUUAACACUCACAUUGACCAGGAAGAUGCAGACAUCACACUGUACCUGGUGGUCGCUGUGGCUGUGGUCUCUUGUGUCUUCUUGGCCUUUGUCAUUGUGCUGCUGAUACACAAGCUCCGUCACUGGCAGGCAACUCGCCUGCUUCGGGCUGCAGGUAGUGGGUUGUCCUCCAUGCCUGCAUCACACUUCGUGGGUGUAGACGGUGUACAAGCUUUCCUACAGACCUACUCUCAUGAGGUCUCCCUCACAGCAGACUCUGGGAAGAGCCACCUGAUCUUCCCGCAGCCCAAUUAUGCAGACACACUCAUCAGCCAGGAGAGCUGGAAGAGCGAUCCUCUCCUGGUAUCUCAAGACUUGCUUGAAAUAAAAGGAGACUCCAGCCUUCCUCAGGUGAGUGAGUCACGCCUGUAAUGGGUCUUACCUUACUAAACCACAGGCAAGGCGUUUCAUAAAGUGCCUCCAGUUGUAUGUGUGUUGUAUCAAACAUAUACACUUCUUUAUUAACAGCCCUUUGCUUUAAAAGGGAUAACGAUUAAUGGUAGUCACCACAUCAAAAGUCAUUUGUUGACUAAUAAAAUAACCUUUUUUUUUUUUUUUGUAAUUUUGGCAGUUGAAUACAGGCUUUGGGCAUAUAGGCAAGUCCUAUGUUACUGAGUUAUAUCCCAAACCAUGAUUAUCUAUUAUUUAUCCUUCAUAGUCUUCAUUCAGUAGUGAUUUUGAUAAGAAUUCCUUAAUUUAGCUGGGCGGUGGUGGCACACACCUUUAAUCCCAACAUUCGGAGAGGCAGAGGCAUGCAGAUC